UAGCUGUCACUUUGCAUCUCGCACAGCUCACGGACACGCGCCUCUCACUCCCGCUAACCAUGGCCGCACGCAAGUUCUUUGUUGGGGGUAACUGGAAGAUGAACGGGGACAAGAAGUCUCUGGGGGAGCUGAUAUCCGCCCUGAACGGGGGCAACGUGAGCGCCGACACAGAUGUGGUCUGUGCAGCCCCCUCUAUAUAUCUGGACUUUGCACGCCAGAAGUUGGAUGCAAAAUUUGCAGUAUCUGCACAGAACUGUUACAAAGUGGCAAAGGGCGCGUUCACAGGCGAGAUCAGCCCAGCAAUGAUCAAGGAUUGUGGCGCCACAUGGGUGAUCCUGGGGCACUCUGAAAGGCGCCAUGUGUUUGGGGAGUCAGAUGAGCUGACUGGUCAGAAGGUUGCUCACGCUCUGUCUGAGGGGCUAGGUGUCAUUGCGUGUAUUGGGGAGAAGCUGGACCAGCGGGAGGCCGGUAUCACUGAGAAGGUGGUGUUUGAGCAGACAAAGGCCAUUGCAGAUAACGUUAAGGACUGGAGUCAUGUUGUAUUGGCCUAUGAACCAGUCUGGGCCAUUGGAACAGGCAAAACUGCCACACCUCAGCAGGCUCAAGAGGUUCAUUUGAAGCUUCGCGAAUGGCUAAAAAAGCAUGUAUCUGAGGAGGUGGCCAAAUCAACCAGAAUAAUUUAUGGAGGCUCAGUCACUGGAGGAACCUGCAAAGAGUUGGCAUCUCAGCCAGACAUUGAUGGCUUCCUAGUCGGAGGUGCUUCACUGAAAGCAGAGUUCAUAGACAUCAUAAACGCCAAACACUAACAACAUUCCACCCCCCUCUGUAUGCCCUGGAUUCUUCUCUGCAGCGUGAGAUGCUGCCAGUGUCGCCCAUACUGUACAAACUGUUAUUGUGAGCUGUGAUAGAUUAAAGUAUCUGAAACCA